GCUAUGCACCGCGCCUAUGCGGCAGCCCUAAAGCGUUCCAAGAAGGUUCGAUACGACAGCUGGGGUGUGGUUUCCAGGACGACAGUUUCAACACGUUCGCCAUCAGCUGCCGAGAUCUCUCGCCGCUAACCAUUCUGCAAGAUGUCAGAGCCGGAGGACAAGUGGGUACCGAAGCACCGUACUAGCAGCCGCCCGUGGUUGCUGGGACCACCCGGCGUGACGCCAGAGAAGCACUCCUGCCUACACGACGACUAUCCUCCGCCCGUGACGAUGCGGCCGAGCGUCAAAGGGCGACAGGCGCAGCUGCUGGAGGCGUUCCUGUGGCAGCAGGCGCUGGAGGAGGCAGCCGCCCGGAUGACGCGGCCGCAGCCGGUGCAGGAAUACUCCACCGAGUACCGGCGCCACUUCUACAAGGACGUGCCGCCGUCGCCGCUGCCGCGGGCGCAGCUGGACCUGCACCCGCUGUACUGGGACGCGGCGCUCAGCUACUGGCGAGACGAGACUGGCCGUCGCGCCUUCCGCCGCUGCUCAGAGUUCUCCAAGCCGCUCGGCGAGGAGAUGGACCGCCCUAUGCGCUAGCCGGGCACCGCCUCCUCACCAGACACUGCCCUCACCACAAAUUAACCGAGAGCCCAGCUUCCUGCCUGGCGACAGUCUCUCCCACGGCACGCUUGUACGCACGCUCACGCAAACUAU